AACAAGAACAUUGUUGUUGUAAUAAAUUUUGUUAAUAGUAUUACAUUUAUUUGAUCAAAAUGACGAUUCAAGGAUUGUCUAGUUAUUUAUCUGAAAAAAACUUUAUUAAAAAGGAAUCUCUUGAUGCUCUUCGUGGAUGUAAAAUAGGAAUUGAUGGAUUUCAUUGGUUGAAAGUUUUAUAUGAUGAAAAACAUGAACCUUUCCAAAUGGCUACAGGAGGUACUCCUAUUUCAUUAGCUUUAUUGGUUCAAACUAAUUUAAAACAAUUCAAGGAUGCUGGAAUUACACCAGUUUUUGUAUUUAAUGGUAUUAAUUGCGUAAAGAAGGAACGCUCAACAAGUAUAUAUCAAGCUAGAACAGUUUCUUUGAAAUCUGCUUGGGGUUCUUAUGAAAAGGAUCAAAAGAGAGAAGCCCUUAUGUUAUUCUCUAGAGCACAAGGAAAUCAAUUUUUGGCAUCAAUUGACACUCUUAAUGCAUUAUUUGAAUUGUUUAAUGAAAAUGAUAUCGAAUUUUUGAGAGCACCAUAUUUAGCUUGGGGACAACUGUCAUACAUGUCUGAUGCUAAAUUGGUUAAUGGUGUUAUGGGAGAUGAAGAAUUAUUAAUGUUUGAUAUUCCUAAAGUUAUUUUCUCACUUAAUUUUGAUGAAAAGACAUUCCAAUAUGUGGAAAAGAAGACAAUUCUUACACAAGAAAGAAUUAGUAGCAAUCAAUUUUUGGAUGCAGCUCUUCUUUCAGGAAGCUAUUUUUUCAAAGGAUUUUCUUCUCCUUCACCAUUCCAAAAUACUGUAAAGAAAGAGGAUCGUUUCAAAACAGAAAUUGAUAAUAUCAAAGGAAUUGGUUCAGCUAAAAGUAUUCUUACAAUGAAUUCUCGUGAGGAUCUUACAGUGCCUUUCUUGUUAAAUAAGUAUUUGAUUAUGCAUCAUCCAGUUUUGGAUUUUAUUGGAAAUACAGUUGUUGUAAUGAAUAGAGAUGCUCUUCCUAGAGACUUUGAAGAAAUUGUUGGAGAAAGAUUACCUGAAGAAAUUUACUUUUUAAUUUGUCAUGGUAUUUUAUCACCACAAUUGGUCGGAAAUUUAGUGAAUGGAGUAUUUUAUGAACCAAAUCCUCUUUUUGAUUCUUUGGAAUAUAAGGAAUUUAUCAACACUUGGAAACCUAUUUAUACAUCAUCAUUGAACUAUUUGACUAGUGAAAUGAAUGACUACUUUAAACACAAAAAUGUUAUGCUUGUUAGAUAUAACUCUUCAGAUGAAAAUUCUAACGACACAAUUUAUAUAGAAAGAAAACCUGUAAAUGUAUUUAUGGAUGGCCUUCAAUUCCAAAUUAAUGAAGCAAACAUCACCAAAUAUCUUCAACAACAGAAAAUUACAUAUACCAAUAACUCUAUGUCAUUGGGCUUGGUAUUGAAUUUGAAACCAACACUUCUCAAGAAGAAUCAAAUGCAAAACUUUACCACACCAAAUGAAGUUAAAACAUUUAUUCACUUGAAAGUUUUGGAAACUUUGGGAUAUAUUAAGAAACCACAACAAGGAUCAUUAGACAUCUUGUCCUCUAAAGGAAAGGUUUUAUCUAAUGCCAAGACUCAUAUAGAACAAACACUUGUGCUCGUUGAAUUAGCCAAGAUGAACAUUCUUACUGCUUCUUGGACUUACGAAAAACCAUACGCAGUUGAGGAAAAGAUUGAAAAUGAAGAUGAAAUAUUGUUGAUCACUAGAAUUUUGAGUCUUGUUCCAUUAACAUUUAGACGUACAUCAUUGUCUAAGAGUGGUUGGACAGGAUUAAUCAAGUUAGAUCUCGCUAUUUACUAUUCCAUUGUUAAAUUAUUGCAAACAAAUAUUGCUCACUUGUAUGAAUCAUUAUUGACAGCAGUAUACAUGUCUCGUAGUAUUUCAUCUGAAAGUUUAUCAGGUGUCAUGUCUACUAUGAGAGAUAUCACUGGUUUUUCUGUUGACCAUAACAAUAUUAUGGGUAUUUUGGCUUAUUACCUUUUGUCAACCCCAGAAGACAAACUCAGUCCAAAGAACUUUAAAUCCAUGUUCCUCUGUUGUCAAAAUCCAUAUAAAGAAUUCAGAGAAGUUGCAAUCCCAUUCUGGCAACAAAGUUAUGCAGUUCUUAAGAAACUUACAACUACUGGAAAUGAAUUCAAAGCGCUAAGUCAAAGACUUGAUAAGGCAAACGAAUUAUUCGAACAAAGAAUUAACAAGAUUGCUCCACAAUUCGAAGCCUUAUUGAGAGAAUAAUUCCAUACUUAUUUCUUUAUUUACAAAUUUUAAUUUUUUAACAUUGUGAAAUGAGUAGUAGCUAAUAAAUUAAUAGAUUUAGAUGUUAAAAAAUUAUUGUCCACCAAUUGUCUUGGAAUUGGUCCAUUCACAAUCUACUUUAUGAUCCUUCAUUUGAGGAGCAGAUUCAUAAAUUGCUUCUACAGCUCUUCUCUUAAAAUCAGAGUAAUCUCCCUUAAAUCCAAUAUAUGAAAUCCUUGUAUUUUCAGCUCCAAAAUUUGAAGGGAAGAAGAGAGUAAUAGAUUGGCAGUUAUUGAACUUGCUUUGCUUUAACAAAAAGUCAUAAGUUCCUUCAAUAUCAAAAGUUAAAUCAAGCUCUUGAUCAGCCUUCUUUUGUGUAGCAGUUUCAAUAUCUAAUAAUUCAUUAUUCUUGAAUAUUUUGACUUUGCUUGGACAUGACUCAUUGUCUCCUCCAAUAAUUUGAAAAGAUUUUAAAUUUGUUGAAACUGUAAAAGGAACAACAAGUAAUAAUUCCUCAUCAACAGCACUUUCCAAAUAUCCAUCUUUUGAUUUUCUUUGAUCGUAUGGUCUAAUAAUUGAUUGGCAAGCAUUUAGUUUAUGUUCAUUCAAACAACGGACAUGAAUUUUAUCAAUAUAUGGAUAGAGUGUUUGUUGAAAUCCUUCUAAUUCAUUCUUAUCAUGUGCUCCGUGAUCAUGUUCGCAAUGAUGAUCGUGUUCAUGAAAAUCUCCACUAUGGGCUUCGGAACAACAUCCUCCACUGUGAUGAUGAUGGUG